AAAAUUAGAACCAGAACAUGGUCCACAUUGGACAUUGGACAUUGGGCCUUGCUGCUUGGCUGGUCUAAUCAAGCCGGUAGUGGCAGGUCACCACAUGGGGUCGUCUGGCGGGUUGUGCACGAUGUGUCUGCAUGGCUGAAAAAAUUGCCGCAUCUGCAACUGCAACUGCUACAAUAAUCGUCAGUUCCCAGAUCCAUGGACACCUCCACUCUCCUCAUCGCUCUCACGCUCGUCCUCCUCCUGCUGCUGCUGACCGCACGACGCCGGCGAAGCGGGAGGCUGCGGCUGCGGCUGCCGCCGGAGCCACCGGGCCUCCCGCUCGUCGGCCACCUGCACCUCUUCAGGAAGCCGCUCCACCGCACCCUGGCGCGCCUCGCCGCCCGCCACGGCGCCGUGUUCCGCCUCCGCCUGGGAUCCCGCCGCGUCGCCGUCGUCGUGUCGUCCGCGCCCGCCGCCGAGGAGUGCCUCGGCGCGCACGACGUCGCGUUCGCCGGCCGCCCCCGCCUGCCGUCGGCCGGGAUCCUGUCCUACGGCUGGUCCACCAUGGGCACCGCCGCCUACGGGCCCUACUGGCGCCACGUCCGCCGCGUCGCCGUCGCCGAGAUCCUCUCCGCGCACCGGGUGCGGCAGUUCGCCGGCGCCCACGCCCGCGAGGCGCGCGCCACGGCGCGACGCCUCUGCCGCGCGGCGUCGCGCCAGCGCCACGGCGCCGGGGCGGCUGCAGGGCGCGUGCGGGUGGAGCUCAAGUCGCGGCUGUUCGAGCUGCUCAUGAACACCAUGAUGGCCAUGAUCUGCGACAAGACCUACUACGGCGCCGACGACGACGGCGAGGUGAGCGAGGAGGCGAGGUGGUUCAGGGAGAUGGUGGAGGAGACGAUGGCGCUGAGCGGGGCGUCGACGGUGUGGGACUUCCUGCCGGCGGCGCUGCGGUGGGUGGACGUGGGAGGGGUGGGGCGGCGGCUGUGGCGGCUGCGCGAGAGCCGGACGAGGUUCCUGCAGGGGCUGAUCGACGACCAGAGGAAGGAGAUGGAGCACGACGGCGACGGGCGUGAGCUGCCGGCGGCGGCGGCGAGGCCGAGGAGCAUGAUCGGCGUGCUGCUGUCGGUGCAGAGGCAGGACCCCGAGGAGUGCCCCGACCAGCUCAUCAGCUCCUUGUGCAUAAGUUCGCUUGAAGCCGGAACGGGUACCUCAACCGAUACAAUUGAGUGGGCAAUGUCUCUGCUACUAAACAAUCCCGAUGUGAUGAGAAAAGCUCGUGAUGAAAUCGAUGCAUUCAUCGGGCAGCCAGUACGAUUACUAGAGGCAGAUGACCUCCCGAAGCUACAAUACCUUCGAUGCAUCAUCAUGGAGACGCUUCGCCUAUACCCACCGGCGCCACUUCUUGUCCCUCAUGAAUCAUCCUCUGAUUGCACUGUUGCUGGUUUCCAUAUUCCACGGGGGACAAUGCUUCUUGUGAACACAUUUGAUAUUCACAGGGAUCCUCAUAUAUGGGAUGAACCAACAAGCUUCAUCCCAGAAAGAUUUGAGGAUGGGCGAAGUGAAGGAAAGAUGGCAAUCCCAUUUGGCAUGGGGAGACGCAAAUGCCCUGCAGAGAACUUGGGCAUGCAAAUGGUAGGCCUUGGCCUUGGGACAAUGAUUCAGUGCUUUGAGUGGGAAAGAGUUGGAGAGGAGCUGGUGGACAUGACUGAAGGAUCUGGCCUUACCAUGCCCAAGAAGGUGCCUUUGGAGGCCUUCUAUCAACCUCGUGCUUCAGUGAUGCAUCUUCUUUCUUAGGCUUUGUUAGUUAUAGCGCAAUAUCGAAAUGUGUUGUGAUCGUUGAUCCAACUGGCAUGAUAAGGUAUUGCUUCACAAAUGAUAGGAUUGUUUUUGUUACAAACAAGAAUGAAAGUAAGUCCAUCUCUUCGUCUCAAAAGCCAUAAAUAAGAACACUCUUGUGGUGGACUA